GACGCGGCGGAGGUGUUGCCUGACGCGGGCUCUUACGUGUCGGCCAGAAUAAAAGUGGAGCUCCGGAGGCCCAGGAGUGACGAAGGGAGUCUGUAUCGCUCAGCCAAUGAAGAUGGAGUCAGCAGCGGAGGCUCAGCAGGGGGCGGAGACUGCUGUGACUGAGACAGAGAGCCAGCAGAUCACCCCUGCACAGAUCGCUACUCUGGCACAGGUAUCCAUGACAACAGGCCACGCCUCAGCAACAGGUCCCACAGUAACUCUGGUCCAACUUCCCAAUGGACAGACAGUUCAGGUCCACGGUGUCAUCCAGGCUGCACAGCCUUCUGUUAUCCAGUCCCCACAGGUCCAGGCUGUACAGAUUUCCACCAUAGCAGAAAGUGAGGAUUCACAGGAGUCAGUAGACAGUGUGACUGACUCUCAGAAACGCAGGGAGAUUCUGUCACGACGCCCCUCAUACAGGAAAAUCCUGAACGACCUUUCAUCCGAUGCGCCGGCUGUCCCUCGUAUCGAGGAGGAAAAGGCUGAGGAGGAUUCAUCUGCUGCGGCUGCCACACCGGCAAUUACCACAGUUACAGUUCCCACACCCAUCUACCAGACCAGCAGCGGCCAAUACAUUGCAAUCACACAAGGCGGAGCCAUUCAGCUGGCUAACAACGGUACAGAUGGUGUCCAGGGCCUUCAAACUCUGACCAUGACCAAUGCAGCAGCAGCCGCCCAGCCUGGGGCAACCAUCCUCCAGUAUGCACAGACCAGUGAUGGCCAGCAGAUACUAGUUCCCAGUAACCAGGUGGUGGUCCAAGCUGCCUCCGGUGAUGUCCAGGCCUACCAGAUCCGAGCAGCCCCUGCAAGCACCAUCGCCCCUGGCGUGGUCAUGGCCUCUUCCCCCGCCCUCCCCACCCAGGGUGCCACUGAGGAGGUCACCCGCAAACGGGAGGUCCGCCUCAUGAAGAACAGAGAGGCAGCUCGAGAAUGUCGCAGGAAGAAGAAGGAGUAUGUUAAGUGUCUGGAAAAUAGAGUUGCCGUCCUGGAGAACCAAAACAAGACACUAAUUGAAGAACUUAAAGCCCUUAAAGACCUUUACUGCCAUAAAUCUGAGUAGUUUGUGUCUUAAACACGGAGCUGGGCCAAGUAGCAUUUCAAUUCCUUUCAAAUACUUUGACUGUUUGAUUUUGCCUGUCUGGCCUUCCACUUUGCACACAGCUGGCUCUUUUUGACAAAGUCACCUUUAUUCAGUUCUGCUUAUACUACCUUUUCUUCAGUAGACUGUCAGUGUAAUACCUUUAAAAUACUCAAAAUAUUUGCAGUAAAAAUACACUGAGAACACAGGUGUAUAAUGUCAUCUAUGACAUAAUAGAUGUUGGCAAAGUGCUAACUGGAACUUUAUAGUCUAAAGCAGUAGCUACAGUCGUGUGUAACAUCAUUGAAAGUAUAGAAUCAGCUGCUUACAACAGUUAGCAUGUUGCUUCACACACCUUUGUCAGUGACGCUGCAUCUUUCUGUCGUAGUUUGGCUAAUGCAUAUACAGUAACUUAGCAUAAGACUGAACUCAUCACGGUCAUUGUAGAGAUGCUUCACUGGAAAAGGUUGACAAUAGAGUCCAGUGGCCCCAACAUUUAAGGUGUCCUGAUUCAGGAUUUUACAGACACCUGCCCAGUAUUCAUAAAUGAAUAUAUUCUGUUGCCACAGCGUUCAGUUUUGGUUUGCUAGCCACAACUACGACAAGAAGACCCAGCAUCUCAAACAAACAAAAUUCUAAAAAUGAUUUUCCUUUGAUGAUUUAGUUAAUACAAAUCAUUUAGUUAAUACAAACACUUGACGGUGUGUUCAGAACAUACUUCUUGAAACAGUUUGUGUAACAGCCGAGACUCGGACCUGACCUUUCAGACAAGCUCAGUCAGUUACAGUUAAAGGCUUUGAAUGAAUUGUCAAUCUCUGCUUGAUCCACAACUUUUCAACAGUGUGGCCACUCUACAAUUAAUUGGGCACAAACAAAUAAUUUAUAAUAACUGCUUUUAAAGAUGCUACUAACUGCCGAUCGUGAAGGAAAUGUCAGCAGACAGUGGACUUCCGUAGUCGUGUCUGUUAAAAAGGGAUGUGCUGUCAUGUGACAUCAAACCUUUAAUUUCACUCAUUGUUUUUCUAUUUCUCCACAACAGACAGUUGACCGGGCUUCUGUUAAAAUAAGAUUAUUAGCAGGUUGAAGCACAGUUUUAGGGGUCUCGUUUUGGUAGCUUUGGCCAACAUUCCUAUCAGAUAUGGUAAGAAAUUAAUUGUGCUGCCUUAAGUUAGGAAGGGCAGCAACACAAGGAACCAUUUUGUCUAAACAAAAUUAUUUAGAGGUGACAAAAUAUCUGUUCUAUCUAUGCUUGUUAUUCUAAACCUGGUUGUUGCAGAAAGAAAGACAAAUACUUUGAGAACUACUUAUUGGUUCACUUUGACUGCCUGUACUUGCUGUGGUUCUGCACACAAGAAUUUUUUCAAGGCAAAGCUUAGUUUUAAUGGACAUUCACCUGUGUUCAGGUUUAGAUGUCAGGGGUGGUUUUUCCUUGAUAACUCACCGGUCGUGUUUCUCCAGGUUGUUAACCGGAAACGUUUUCCAGACCCAGCUAACAUUAAAUUUGAGGUCAAGCAUCAUGUCGAUGUGUCGCCAUAAACAGUUAGUUUGUUGUCAAAAACCACUGUCAUGAUCGAAGUUACCAUUUGUACAUCAUAUUUUAUUUUUCAGUGUUUUCCAAUAUUGUGUCUGUUUUGCAGUGUCUGUUAAAUGGUGGUAAAAUAUGGAAUGCAACAACAGCUGAGAUUGCAGAGCCAUUUUUUGAAGUAGCAGAUUGGAUUCUUUAUGAAAUCUGCAGACGAUAUAGGCUACAGUUACAUGAGUUUAACACUAAUAAUCCACGAAAAUGUGCAUUCUGUUGAAAAGAGAUCGGUUUUGUGCGACUGCGUGUUUCUUUUUGAGACGAUACAUGUGCGUAUUUGUUUAUUUUUUUAUAUUACUGUACAUAGACUCUACAGCAUGUGUAGACUUCAUGUAUUUCUGUUUAUUUGAUAUGGAAAAUGUUCUUAUGGCUUGUAUGAAAUUUUGCAUAUUUGUAACAUACAUCAGUGUAUAAUAGAAGACAGUGUAUUUGUAUAUUCAUGUAAUCCACCAGGCCUACCACCAUCAUGGCAGCUAAGUGUAUGAAAAAAGGCCUUUGUUGGAGAUGUUAUAUUUUGGAGUGCUGUACUGUUUUGGAUCGACAGUGUUUGUUUGUAGAGAAGAGUGAGUCUGUUGAGAGCAGUUGGGGUCAACAACUUAAAUCCGUUUCAAAAUUAACAGUUCUGUUUGUUCAGAAACUGCACAGCAAAGCCCUCAGUGGCUUCACACAUUUGUUUUUAACUAAAUGUAUUUUUAUCUCAUAGAUCUUACCAGAAAUGGCUCCAUCAGUUUUUUAAAUAUCUUUUCAUCAUAUGAAAGCACAAAUUUUCCUUCCAGUGGAGCCCUUUCUUGUGUUUAUUUUAUUGUGCUUUGACUGCAUUAAUUUUCCUACAAAGUUACAUGAGAUUUUUUUUUUUCUUGUUGACAUUGGUUCCAGUGGUAAGAUACAUGGCAGUUAAUUAGUCUUCAAGUCAGAUAUCUGCUCAUUUCAAAUGGAAGCUAACCUGAAUCCUCUCUAAACAAAAAUAUGUGAUAUUCUGGGGUGCAAGAUCUCCUCUGAGAUUUUAUUAUGGAAGAAUUUUCCUCCAGCUCACUGUUGACAUUUGAAACUUAUACUCAUAGAGUUGGAGUUAUAUACAGGUAACUUCCAUUUUUGUGCAGCAUCAAAGUUUAUUCUUGACCUUGGAAAUAGUGAUUUGAUAAAAUCAACUUAACUAGGUUGAUUAAUGCUUAGUCAUGACAUGACAAAAUGUGGAACUUCAGAUAACAGGUGGGAGCAUGUGAGUGUGAGUAAUAAGCCUUGUACUUGUUGAAGCAUGGUCUUGGGUUUGUUUGGUUGAAAGCCCCAGAAGCCAGUAAGUGGACCUAGAGAUAACAUUAUUUUGACUACAAAUCUGUCUGUUUAACAAAUGAGUUUCAAAAGCUCAAUCAUGAGCUGAGAGGAAAUUUAGGGGAACAAAGGGUAGUUCUAACAAUCAAUGUGUGUUUUCUAAAAAUAUGUUUUGUUUCUUUUAUUUUUUUUUUAAAUCAUCAGUUCAUAGUAGCUCUUACAGUUUUAUUUUUCUAGCUUAAAACAUUUUGAUAUUAUACAGUAUACAGUAUGUACUUGUAAUGUAUAAAGGAUUAAGGGGGUGAAUUGGCUAAAGAAAUCACACAGCACCUUGUACUUGGAGUAGUUAAGAAGGCUUUGAAUGAAUCAUCCCCUAUGGACAUUAGCAUGUACUGUAGCUGUACAUGUCAUCCCUGUUUCACCCUCCUCUUCCCUGAGACAGCGUGGUUCUAGCAAACCACACCUUGGCCCUCACUGAUAAUGGAGCAUAUUUUAGAGAAGAGGAAGCAGCAAAUUUGAUACCUGUGCCACUGCAAUAUCUGAGUUACUGAGAUUAAAACUUUUUUAAGUGUAUUCUGAGAAAAAUCCUUUCCACCUGUUGUAAUUCACACAUCCAGUACUGGUGCUGAAAAAAAUCAAGUAAUGAUCUUUUUUUUCUGUUGAUCUGAUAUAGUGAGCUCAACUUUGUGAUGUGGUUACACAGUAUCUUUCCAACAAUACCAACAGUGUUUUCAUUUCUGUGCCAGAAUAGUUUAUACCCACGGGCCUCGUUUGUGCAUGAAACAGAUUGAUAUCCUUGUGUGUAAAAGUAUAUAUAGAGAGAAUUUCUAGAACAGUAAUAAUAACAUUUUUUCUAACUUUUAAUGUAAUCAGUUUAUAUAUUGCCACUUUUACAAGUUAUCAAAUAAAAUGCCAUGUAUUGUAUAGUAUCUUGUAGAGACAGGAUCACCCAAUGAUGCAUUACAUACCAUCUGUCACAUUAUAAAACUAUACCAGCCCAUUAAUUGAAAGUGCUGUUACUCUGACAUUACAUCACUCUUUUGUAAACACUUGCUAUGUCGCAAU